AUGGGUGGUGAAAAGUUUCGAUUUUUGUUUUGGGUUUCAUCGAUUUCUUCCUUAAUCUGUCUCUGCUAUGGCUACGUCCCUGUGAACAAUUACCUCAUCAACUGUGGAUCACCCACCAAUCUCACCGAAACCGGCCGAGUGUUCAUCUCCGACAAGCUUGCCUCAAACCACCUUACCUCUCCCAACGAAAUCCUCGCCGCCGCGAGCAACCGCAAUUCCGUUCCAGACAUCUACCAGACGGCCAGAAUCUUCACCGGAAUCUCAAAGUACACUUUCUCCGUCGCUCGAGGCCGACACUGGAUCCGUCUCCAUUUCAGUCCUUUCCAAUACCAAAACUUCCAAAUGACGUCAGCCAAAUUCUCAGUCUCUUCACAGACACACGUCCUCUUGAGCGAUUUCACAGCAAAAUCAAAACUUAUGAAGGAAUACUCUCUGAAUCUAACCACGGAUCGUCUCGAGCUCACUUUCACUCCUUCCGCUAAUUCCUUCGCCUUUGUCAACGCCCUCGAGGUCGUCUCCGUCCCCGACACAUUGAUCAGUAUUGAUCCUUCCAUUGCAGGCCGUCCAGGGACGUUUCAAGGCUUGUCACGGCAAGCUCUCGAGACGGUUUACAGAGUGAACAUGGGCGGUCCGCGAGUGACGCCUAACAACGACACUCUCUCUCGGAUCUGGGAGCCGGAUUCGGAGUUUCUAAUCGAGAAGAAUCUCGUCAAGAUCGUGUCAAAGAUCUCGAGUGUUGUUUACGUUCCUGGUUACGCUACGGAGGAGACAGCUCCGAGAAAUGUCUAUGGGACUUGCUCGGAGAUCAAUUCCGGUGACAAUCCGACUAGCAGUUUCAACGCGACGUGGGAUUUCGAGGUUGAGGCCGGGUUUAAGUACUUCCUCCGGUUUCAUUUCUGCGAUAUUGUGAGCAGAGCGUUGAACGAGCUCUACUUCAAUCUCUACGUUGACUCGAUGAUGGUUGUUCAAGAUCUUGAUUUAAGCAGUUACUUGUCCAACACUCUGUCCGGCGCCUACUUUAUGGACUACGUGACGGAGUCGGCGAAAGUUAGCAACAGAAUCCGUGUGAGCAUCGGUCCAUCAGUCACUGUUCGCACGACGUACCCUAAAGCGAUCUUGAACGGGUUAGAGAUCAUGAAGAUGAACAACUCUAAAAGCCAGCUCAGCACCGGAACUUUCUUGUCAGGUGCUUCAAGCUCAACCAGGAAGAAGAAUGUUGGUAUGAUCGUUGGUGUAACAGUUGGUUGUUUGAUUGCUUUAGUUGCUUUUGGAGGUUUCUUGAUUCUGUUCAAGAAACGAGGGAAAGGCAAAGAUGGUCAUCACUCAAAGAGUUGGAUUCCUUUGUCUACUACUAAUGGAACAACAACUCCAGACUCAAAUGUAACAACAACUUCAAAUUCCAGUUACCGGAUUCCUUUAGCAGCGAUUAAAGAGGCGACGAACAGCUUUGACGAGAGCCGUGUGAUCGGAGUAGGAGGAUUUGGUAAAGUGUACAAAGGAGCGCUUCAAGAUGGGACUAAAGUAGCUGUUAAGAGAGGUAACCCUAAGUCACAGCAGGGACUUGCAGAGUUUAGAACAGAGAUCGAGAUGCUGUCUCAGUUCCGUCAUCGUCAUUUGGUUUCUCUGAUCGGUUACUGCGACGAGAGCAGCGAGAUGAUUCUUGUUUACGAGUACAUGGAGAACGGGACGUUGAAGAGUCAUCUCUACGGCUCUAAUCUCCCUACCUUGAGCUGGAAGCAACGUCUUGAGAUAUGUAUUGGAUCAGCUAGAGGGUUGCAUUACCUCCACACCGGUGACUCGAAGCCUGUGAUCCACAGAGAUGUUAAGUCGGCUAACAUAUUGCUUGACGAGAAGCUUAUGGCUAAAGUUGCAGACUUUGGACUGUCCAAGACCGGACCUGACCUUGACCAGACUCAUGUGAGCACUGCGGUGAAAGGAAGCUUCGGUUAUCUCGAUCCGGAGUACUUUAGAAGACAGCAGCUCACAGAGAAAUCUGACGUUUACUCGUUCGGAGUCGUGAUGUUCGAGGUUCUAUGCGCGAGACCUGUUAUAGACCCGACGCUUCCUAGAGAGAUGGUGAAUCUUGCGGAGUGGGCGAUGAAAUGGCAGAAGAAGGGACAGCUUGAAGAGGUGAUUGAUCAGUCUUUGAAGGGGAAGAUUGUGGCGGAUUCGCUCAGGAAGUUUGGUGAGACGGUGGAGAAGUGUUUGGCUGAUUAUGGAGUCGAUAGGCCGUCGAUGGGAGACGUGUUGUGGAAUCUUGAGUAUGCUUUGCAGCUGCAAGAGCCUGUUGUUGUUGAUGGAGAUGAUGAUGAUGAUGAUAACAGUACGAACAUGAUCGGUGAGUUGCCUUUACGGUUUAAUGAUUAUAAUAAGAAUCAUGGAGGAGGAGAGACGAGCGUUAACGUUUCUGGAGAUGGGAAGGGACGGUUUGAAGAAGAGGAUUCGAGUGUUGGUGAUGAUGUUUCAGGUGUUUCCAUGAGUCAAGUUUUCUCGCAGCUGGUCAAAUCUGAGGGACGGUGA